CACGUGGGGGCUGUCCGGGUUCUCCCCGAGUACCAGCCACCUUACCCAGCCAGUUGGUCGUCAGCCACGUUCUCGCCCACACACGCUCCCAUACGCUGCCUCCCCGUGUGAUCUGGGCCACCCAAACCUUCGUGAUAACCUCCCCUGAAAACUUUAUCAUCUCGCUCGAGGGAAAACAAGAUAGAGAAAACUUUUAUUUGUAUUUUCCAACGAGACGAUCUUGUCUUAAUUUUUAUCUUAAUAUUAUUUAAGACUGUGAGGAACGUUUGUAGAGUUAGUUUAGUAAGUGGAGACAAGAGACGAUGGAAUUGUCAUAAUCUCUCGUGUUUUGUUCACCUACAGACAAGACUCAUGUAUGUUUCCGUAAAAAUACAAGACAUGUGACGCCUCAUCACACAUGAUAAUACAAUGUUAGGUAUUUCUAUAAACUUGUAAGCCGAACUAAAUUGAUACUCAUACAGGAUUAGUAUUUUCCCCCAUAAACUCGUUGCAUAUAUAGCUGGCCAAAGUGUAUAGCAACUCUCUCUUACGAACACACUUUCCUCACAAGACAGACAUACUGUUUGGCCAGGUACAGUGCUGUAAUCUGGUGUAUCUUGAGGUGAAGUGCUGUACCCUAUACUGUACAAUAUCUUACGGUGCACAGCUUUAUGGUACUGUGAACCCUGCCGUGAGAAACACCAGCACAAAAGUCUGGUGUACAGAAAAACACACACCGUGGAAGCCAGUGUGUGAGUGUGUAUGUGUGAGUGAGUGUGUGUGAGUGUGUGACGUGUGUGUGUGUGUGUCACCUUGCAGCUGACAUAUACAUACCAUCAAGUCCCUCUUCCUCCACCUUCUUACUACGAACGUUCCCUUGGCCAGACGUUCUCAAGUUGGUGGAUGAAAACGUCCUCGGCAAGACGUUCUCCAUCUGGCAGAAACACACAGAACUGACGGAGGAAACUGGUUGGCAAGAUCCUGUGAGAGGUUCUGGAUCCACGAGAGUUCUGUGAGAAGUAUUGAUCCACGAGAGUUCUGUGAGAAGUAUUGAUCCACGAGAGUUCUGUGAGAAGUAUUGAUCCACGAGAGUUCUGUGAGAAGUAUUGAUCCACGAGAGUUCUGUGAGAAGUAUUGAUCCACGAGAGUUCUGUGAGAAGUAUUGAUCCACGAGAGUUCUGUGAGAAGUAUUGAUCCACGAGAGUUCUGUGAGAAGUAUUGAUACAGGUCGUUCCUUUGAUCCUUUAUGAAUAUGUCCUCUGAGAGCUGCACAAGAAGGUAAUAAGUAAACAUGAAAAGUAAUUCCUCUCUCGUGUCAACUCGACAGUGAGAGAAUCGACUCUGGAGGAGAACACACUCUUACUUUUGAGUCCGACUUUAAAGAAUCACAUCAACUACCACCACCACCACCACCACCACCACCACCACCACUACCACCACCACCACCACCACCACCACCACCACCACCACCACCAUGAACUCCAACUCGACGCUGUAUUUGGACUUCGAUGGCAACGACUCCGACUCCUUCCCUCUUAAUUGUUCCUUCCUCAACAUGAAAGAUCCAGACGCAACGAGUAACUGUAGUCUCGGGGUGUUCACAGGAGAGGUGUCCCCUAUACACGUGGUGGCCAGUAUCAUUAUGCAGGCUUGCUACGCCAUCGCUUUCCUGGUGGGUCUGUGCGGCAACACCCUCGUCAUCUACGUCGUCACCAGGUUCUCCAAGAUGCAGACGGUCACCAACUUGUACAUCGUGAACCUGGCUAUAGCAGACGAGCUCUUUGUCAUCGGCAUUCCGUUCCUCAUGAUCACCUCAGUUCUGGGCUACUGGGCCUUCGGGUCUAUCAUGUGUAAGUUGUACAUGAUAACGACGUCACUCAACCAGUUCACCAGUUCACUGUUCCUGACCAUCAUGAGCGCUGACCGAUACAUCGCCGUCUGUCACCCCAUCAGUUCGACCAAGUUCCGGACGCCCAUGAUCUCCAAGCUGGUCUCCCUGACGGCCUGGACCACCUCCGCCCUCAUGAUCGUGCCCGUCUUCAUGUACUCCAACACGCUGGAAGUUAAUGACCUCAUCAACUGCAACAUCUUCUGGCCAGACAGCUUCGGCAUCAGCGGUCAGUUCGUCUUCACACUCUACUCGUUCAUACUCGCCUUCGGCAUCCCUCUUAUCCUCAUCUUCAUCUUCUACGGGCUGGUGCUACAAAAACUGAAGUCCGUGGGACCCAAGAGUAAGUCGAAAGAAAAGAAGAAGAGUCACAGGAAGGUGACGAAGAUGGUGCUGACAGUGAUCACUGUGUACGUCAUGUGUUGGCUGCCCUACUGGGUGCUGCAGCUGGCGCUCAUCUUCAGCCCGCCCCGGGAGGGCCAGAGUCCCUUCAUGGUGGUGCUGUUCCUCAUCUCCUCCUGCCUCUCCUACUUCAACUCGGCCAUCAACCCCAUCCUGUACGCCUUCCUCAGCGAGAACUUCAAGAAAAGCUUCAUGAAGGCGUGCAUCUGCGCCACCAGGAAGGACGCCAACAACGCCCUGGCCGUGGAGAACUCGGUCUUCCCGCGACGACGGGGCGGCUCUGCGAAACCCAAGAACGCCAAGGCUCACGAAAUGGAGUCCAACGACGCCUACACGACUCAGUGCACCAGGGACGAAGCCACGACGGCCAUCACCAUGACCACCCGCUCUACCGUGAGUCAGAUGGGCAGGGAGAACGGCACCGAGAUCCCCACCACCCAGCUCUGAAGACGCGGCUUCUACUGCUACUAGGCACCUCCUCCCACCAGGUACAGGUGUGUCAUCGUUUUGGGGGGCUCAGAGUCUGUAGCAAGCUGAGACUCUACACCAAGUGACGUCAUCAUCCACUCAAGCUGACAUCUUCGUCGUCUGAUUGGUUGACGUCAUCGUUGGAGGCAGUUUUUUGUAGGUAGUCGCUGAAAUUAUUUGUGAGGAGUUUGUGUCCAUUGUGGCUGAAACUUUAAACGGUUUCUUCCUGUUGUCGCUGAAACUGAAAACGUGUCAUCUUGUACUCGCUGAAACCGAAAGCUGUUCCUUUCUUACAGUCGUUGAAACUAAGAACAUGUCACCCUUGUGCUCCUUGAAACUGAAAGCGGGUUUUAGCUUACAAAUACAGAAACUAAACACCAAUUUCUUCUCGCCGGAGAAACAAAACAAAUAUCAUUUAGUUCUCGUGAUAAGUGGAAACCCCUUUACCUUUCGUCGUAGAUAAAUGAAUUGCAGUUCUACAAGACACCAAAAGGCCGCAGCGGCUACCAAAUGACAUCUGGAGGUUCUCACAUGAUGCCACAACUUGUAGGAGGAGAGUCACUGAAGUUUCUGGCAAUACUUGGUGUCCCCAGAAUGACUUGUGACGGAAUCCUCAGCGUUUUACUCACAUCUCGCAACAGAGACCUCGAGGUUUCCGGGUGUCAAAGGCCUCAGUUGGCUUAGUGGAUAAAAGGUGUUAGAGGAGAGUUCCAGAUGUAAAAUAUACUCCAGGUACUAUUAACAGAGGGAGCUCCAGAUAUAACGCAUACUCCACACAUUAGCUACAACAGUGAGACAUUAUAAGACUCUAACAACAUAACAACAUUACAAGACUCUAACAACAUAACAACAUUACAAGAUUCUAACAACAUAACAACAUUACAA